CGGGAGAAAGACGUAGCAAUCUUUUCAUGUGUUAGGGCAAAUGAAAAUAAAAGCAUAGGAUUUGUGUCAGAUUUUCGUCGGAUGAAUGUUGGGAUUACCAGAGCAAAGUCUUCUAUACUGGUGGUAGGUUCUGCAUCGACGCUGAAGCAUGAUGAGCACUGGAAGAACCUAGUGAUGAGUGCUGAAAAGCGAGACAAUCUAUUUAAGGUCUCGAAGCCAUAUAUUUCGAUUUUCAGUGAUGAAAAUUUGGAGUCUAUGAAGCAAAAGCCGAAGGUAGAAGAUAGGGGAGCGCAACCGAUGGAUGUUGAUAGGCAACACGAUAAUGAAACUAAUGCGCUCUUUAGUAAUCCGGGAGACGCUGAACGAGGGCAAGCGGAUGAUAAUGACUAUGGAGACGGAGAUGGUGAUGCGUUUGAUGGAGGAUUUGAUGCUGAUUAAUCUCUAAUUCAGGCUGACAAGUGAGUACCUAGGAAAAGAUUGGUACAAGUUACAACUUUUGUGAAUGAGAAGUAAGAAAUAUUAGUUUCUACUGUGUAAAUCCUAGCAGGGGUCUUACGAAUUUUUCUGAGACCAAUCAAGUUUGGUAUAACAGGCCAUAAGGUAAAAUUUUUUACUUUUGUUACUUAAAAUUGAAGGUCAUGUUUGGGAUCAAACAAAUCGCGUAAUUACAUCAAAAUUUUC